UAGCUUCCAAAGGUUUUAGAGGGUUUAGGGUUUCGUUAAUCUCCUCCGAUUUGGGGGUGUGUUUCAAUUUCUCCUGUUAGCUUUGCUCUGCUUUGAAAUCGAAGAAGUAAUGGCUGUCGAUGGUGCUAGGAAAUCGGGAACUGUGAAGUGGUUUAGUGAUACCAAGGGUUUUGGUUUUAUUACUCCUGAAGAUGGCGGCGAAGAUCUGUUUGUUCAUCAGUCUUCGAUCAGGGCUGAUGGUUUUAGGAGUCUAGGUGAUGGUGAGACGGUGGAGUAUGUGGUGGAGAACGGAUCUGAUGGCAGGGCGAAGGCUGCCGAUGUUACUGGUCCCGAGGAGGGGCCUGUGCAGGGAAGUAGCCGUGGAGGCGGCGGUGGCGGGGGCGGACGUGGAGGAGGCGGUGAUCGUUACGGUGGUGGAGGUGGCGGUGAUCGUUAUGGUGGAGGAGGCGGUGAUCGGUAUGGUGGUGGCGGAUAUGGUGGUCGUGGAGGACGUGGUGGUGGUGGAUACGGAGGUGGAGGCGGCGGGAACGCAUGUUUUAAGUGCGGCGAGGCUGGACAUAUGGCUAGGGAUUGUGAUCAGAACGGUGGAGGCGGAGGUGGUGGUGGCUACGGUGGUGGACGUGGAGGAUACGGCGGAGGUCGUGGUGGCGGAGGUUACGGUGGCGGAGGUCGUGGAGGCGGAGGUGGUGGCGGUUGUUACAACUGUGGAGAAGAUGGUCACUUUGCUCGUGAAUGUCCAACUGCUAGUAACCGUUGAUCUGAAAUCUGAAUGGAACUGGUAAAUUACAUCUGUGUUUUCUACCAUUAAUUUGCUUCUUAUUUUUCUGUUUUUUUGGGUUUUUUUUGUGAUUUCUAAUUUCUAUGUUUAUGAAUCCCUUGUUGAACCAUUUGGCAAAUGUUUUUAGUUCUCUUAUAUGAUAGUUUGUUCCGUUUUUGGUGCU